AGCGUUCCGAGCCCGUUGUCGGGCUGAGGGUCGGGCCUCCAUGCGCCCUCGCCAAACUGCGCCGUUUUACGCAGGCGGCGGCUUUAAGCGGCUCGGGGGCUGGCGCUUCCUUGGCCUGCCGUGCGUGUCCUCCAACCCAGCCUAGCCCAGCCCAGCGCGGCCCUCCUCCUCGACGUCCUUUUCCCUUCCCCUUCCCUCCCUCCUUCCCUCCCUCCCUGCCGGUCUCGCUCGACGUUCUCGGCCUCCUGCGGGGGGAGCUCUGCUGCUGCUGCUGCUUGGAGCCCCCUCCCCGCCCCGAUCGCCUCCAGCCUACCGAUGGCGGGGAGCCCCGAUGGAUCUCUCUCCGCCAGCCCGGAGCCCCGGCAGCCUUAGAUGAACCCCAGCUUGCCGUGCCUCGCCUCGCCUCGCCCGGCGCAGGAACAGCAGCUUGGUCCUGGCCUGGGGGGUUGCUGGCAAGAGGCUGCUGGUGGUGGUGGUGGCGGCGGCGGCGAGAGGGGACCUGCCGGUGGCUCGGAUUGCGCUCCUCGCCUGCCUGCCCACCCGCCGGCCGGCAUCCCGGGCGGGCAUCUCCCUAAGCAGCCCUCCUCCCUGCUCGGGAGCCUUAUGGGGGGUGGCAGGAAGCGCCUCUGCCCUUUCCUGCCUGCGGGGAGAACGCGGCGGCCGGGCUGGGCACGGAAGCGGUGAAAGGGAGCCAGAGGAGAGCAGCAGCGGGGAAGUGACCAGCGGCCUCUGCAGUAGCAGCUGCCUGCAACCCUCGCCCGCCCGCCGGCCGCCAAAGAUGAGCCCCCCCUUGGGGAAAUAAGCUCCCUCCUGGGGCGCAGCUCUCCCUUGGCCAGGCUCCUUCCGCUCGGCCCCCACCUUCCUCCCCAGCACACCUCCAUUUCCAGCGAUCUCCCUGCCUCCCUCCCUCCUUGGCCCGGUGCGCGUAGGCUUCUAUGAGUGUCCACUUGGGGGGAGGAAAGGAGGAAGUCAGCCGCCCUCCUCGCCCCUGUCGAGGCGUCCAGGCACAGGGAGGAGAAGAGGAAGAGGAGGAUGUCUUUGCGAACCGCGCUGGCGACUGGCAAUGAGCGCAAUGCCGAGACGCAUCAGCGCUGCCCUGUGGUCACCCUUGACCCGGCCCCCAUUCUGGUGACACCACCACUCUCCCCGCAGCCCUCCACCCUGGCCAGCAGCCGAUCAGAAAAGGGCUCAUCAUGGUCCAGCCGCUCACUGGGUGCCCGCUGCCGCAACUCCAUUGCCUCCUGUGCCGACGAGCAGCCCCACAUCGGCAACUACCGCCUCCUGAAGACCAUCGGCAAGGGCAACUUUGCCAAGGUCAAGCUGGCCCGGCACAUCCUGACGGGCAGAGAGGUGGCUAUAAAAAUAAUUGACAAGACGCAGCUGAAUCCAACAAGCCUCCAGAAGCUCUUCCGAGAAGUGAGGAUUAUGAAGGGUCUGAAUCACCCCAACAUUGUGAAACUCUUUGAGGUGAUAGAGACGGAGAAGACCCUCUACCUAGUGAUGGAGUAUGCCAGUGCGGGAGAAGUCUUUGACUACCUUGUAUCCCACGGGCGCAUGAAGGAGAAAGAAGCCCGGGCCAAGUUCAGACAGAUUGUCUCAGCUGUGCACUACUGUCACCAGAAGAACAUUGUACACAGGGACCUGAAGGCCGAAAACCUUUUGUUGGAUGCUGAUGCCAAUAUUAAAAUCGCUGACUUUGGGUUCAGCAACGAGUUCACGCUUGGCUCCAAGUUGGACACGUUCUGUGGGAGCCCUCCUUAUGCUGCCCCAGAGCUCUUCCAGGGCAAGAAAUAUGACGGGCCCGAGGUGGACAUCUGGAGUCUGGGGGUGAUCCUUUACACCCUCGUCAGCGGCUCGUUGCCUUUCGAUGGGCAGAACCUCAAGGAGCUGCGGGAACGUGUCCUGCGUGGCAAGUACCGUGUCCCCUUCUACAUGUCCACGGACUGUGAGAACAUCCUGAGGCGUUUCCUGGUGCUGAACCCCGCCAAGCGCUGCACUCUGGAGCAAAUCAUGAAGGACAAGUGGAUCAAUAUUGGCUAUGAGGGGGACGAGCUGAAGCCGUACCAGGAGCCCGAAGAGGACUUUGCGGAUGCCAAGCGGAUUGAAGUGAUGGUGGGUAUGGGCUAUACCCGCGAAGAGAUCAAGGAAGCCCUGACCAACCAAAAAUACAAUGAAGUCACAGCCACCUACCUCCUGCUGGGCAGGAAGAACGAGCAGGUGGAAGGGGGAGAGUCGCGCGCAGGCAGUAGCCUCUCGCUGGCCCGGGUGCGCCCACCCAGUGAGGUCUCCAAUGGCACCACCAAGUCCUCCUCGCACUCCAAAAGCCAGCGGAGCUCCUCCACUUACCACCGGCAACGGCGGCACAGUGAUUUCUGUGGUCCCUCCUCGGUGCCCAUGCACCCCAAGCGGAGCCCCACCAGCACAGGGGAUGGGGAGCUGAAGGAGGAGCGGAUGCCCUCGCGCAAGGCCAGCUGCAGCGUGGUGAGCAGCGGGCGGGGCAUCCCACCCUCCAGCCCCAUGGUGAGCAGCGCUAACAAUCCCAACAAAUCCGAGAUCCCUGACCGGCGCAAGGACAGUGCCGUCAACACGAAUAACAUUCCCUCAAGUAUGAUGACCCGGAGGAAUACUUACGUGUGUACGGAAAGGCCUGGCGGAGACCGUCACUCGCUGCUCCAGAAUGGGAAGGAGAACGGCGCCGUCACCAGUCGGGUUCCCCCAGCCUCCCCCUCCAGCCACAGCAUUGCCACUUCGUCCACCUCUUCAGACCGUACCCGGCUCUCGCGUGGCACCAACAUCCGCAGCACCUUCCACGGGGGCCAAGUACGGGACCGACGUGGGACUGGCGUGCAGAACGGCCCGCCCACCUCUCCCACCCUCUCUCAUGAAGCCACCCCUCUGCCCCAGAGCCGCAGCAGGGCCACCUCUAACCUCUUCAGCAAGCUCACGUCAAAACUCACACGGAGGGUCGCAGACGAACCUGAGAGAAUCAGGGGACCUGCGCUCACAAGUUGCAAUUUACCUUGGAAUCAAAAGGAAGCAGAACCCAGGCUGCUCCGAUUUACCUGGAAUGUGAAGCUCACCAGCACCCGCUCUGCUGAGGCCAUCCUGGCCGCCCUCCGCCAGGCCACGGACUCUGCCAACUGCUGCUGCCGCCAGACGGAGCCUUUUGUCCUCUCCUGCACGCACGAGAAGAGCCCCAGUGAGCACUUCUGCUCCUUCGAGGUGGAGGUGUGCAGACUGCAGCGGCUGGGGGGGCUCCACGGGGUCCUCUUCCGGCGCCAGGCUGGCACCUCCCUGGCUUUCCGCAGCUUGGUGGCCAAGAUUUCUGACCGGCUGCAACUAUAGGGGGCUGGACCUGCUCUGGGCCUUCUGGGUUAAUCGACCCACCUGCUGGGGAACAGCGUGGGAAGGAAUGGGGUGUGACUCUCGCCUGCCAUCGUGUCCCUGUAGGAGCUUUUCUGGGGCCAAAUCCUGCUGCCUGGUAGGACAAGGAGCUGCUCUGGAGACACACACACACACCCCGCACCUGCUGGCUGUGCUAGGGCCUUGGGGGGAGGGAGAGAUUGAGGAGGAGGAUCCCACCGGGGUUCAUUGAGAGGGCCACUUCUCCCUCACUUGCACAGAUGACCGAAGAAUCCUCCCCUCUACGGGGAUCCCCUGGCAGAGCUCCUGGCUGGUGCAGGAAACGCAAAAGGAGACUUCUCAGCUGGCCUUCCUUCCUUCCUGAGCUUGUGGUGAGAGGGGGCUGACUCCACCCUGCUAACUCUCACACGGGCAGGAGCAUGACAGGACGGGGAGCCUCCAUGGCAAAGUGGGAGGGGAUUUUUGACCAAGAGUGGCAGGGUAGACUCCCCCCCCCCUUUGCCAUCAAGAGAAUGCGGGUUGGAAGGGGCAACCCCGCCUGUUCAUUCUCUACCCCCUUCCACUGGCUCAUGUUAAAUCCAGAAGUUAGGCCAGUUUUUUUCCUCUUCAAAACAAAGCCAGGUUUGUUUGUUUUAAUCCCAGCUCCAUUUUGGGAUUCCAUUCUUGUAGGCAGAAUGCAAUUAUGGCUCCAGGUGAUUCGAAUCCCAGUUGAUGUUGGCAGGGGGGGUGAUGAGCUGCAGCCCAUUUUGUUCAGUUGCCAGAGAGCUGACAUCCCAGCUCCGGGUCCCCUGUGUCACCCAAAGCCCAGCAGCCAGCCAGGUGGGCAAAGCCAAAUGUCCCAAAGUGUCUCUGGAGUAGCUGUGUAGGAAGCCCUUUGCCAUCGUGGCCAAACGGUAACAGACUCUUGCUCGGGUGGCAGGGGUGUUUAUUGGGUGCAGGGAAAGAGCUGGAGGCUUUGAGCAUGGGCAACACCAGGCACAGGCUGCCUGGCGUGGAAGUGGAGUCCCAUCCUGUGGGUGGCCUGCUUGACCUACAAAAGGGGUACUUUUGGGUUUCCAUUAGUGCUCAGCCCCUCGCAACGGUGUUUGGUGGCAGCUGUGCAGAUGGUGCAGCAACGGCGGAAGGAGGCCCUUCCAUGUUUCUGCUGAUCUCAAGAGGCUGAGGCCACUCCCUGCAGCUCCUCAAACAGCAUGAGGAGUGGAUUUGGGGCUCUCCUCUCCAACAUCGCCACAGUGCACCAAGGCCUUGAGUGGCAGGAAGGCCCCUCACCGCCAUCACACACACACACACACAUAGCUUGACUCCAAAAUCAGAACCCCGGUGCUGAGACUGCACUCCGGAGGAGGCUGGCCCUCCCAGGGGUUGGUUCAAUGGCUCAGAUCCAUCAUCCUAAGAGCCGGACGCCCUGCCAGAGCCAAUCCAAAUGGGCGACACCUCCCCUCAGAAGGAGCAGGGGGAAGGGGCAGCAUAGGCCCCACAGGCUUCUUCUCGCACAGCACCUCACGCGACGGAUGGACGGACGGGACAUUGGACACCGGUCAGAUGCCGCUGCUGUGGCCCCUGCCUUCUCUUGCCCAACGGGGCACUGGGGAUGGGCUCAGCAACUUGGAGAGGCAGAGGAUGGGGGUCUCAGAUGGUGGAAGGGCAGCUGGAGGAGCGGGAAAGGAGAUGGGCUCAGGGCAGCCCCGUUCCAAUCCUGUGGGGCCAGGUGGAGCUCACGGGGGACUGUCCCUGCCUAGCCCAUUACAGUUGACACUACAUUUGGCAGCUCUUAUGGGGAAAAUGUAAGUGGGUUUCCUUCCCUCCCUCCCUGCUCCUUUUACCUUGUUCCACUCUGUACACUGGGUCCCCCUGCCGUGGUUCCUCCCCUCCUCUCAAAUCCUGCCUCUUUGGGCGCCCCCCCAUCUGUACAGACUCCCCUGUAAAUAAGUCUGGUUAGCCCCUGUAUCAUUGGGUAGCGAUAUUAAUGAGCCCACCCUUUAGCCUUGGGAUGAUUGUAAGUUAUUCCAGCCCCAGAGCGAUGAUCUGUACCAAACCCUUAAUAAAUGUAGAAAGCCUC